UGAACAGCAGGUAGGAUCCGUGGCCGUUGCCCCAAGAUGGGAUGCACCAUGAGCGCAGACGAAAGAGAGGCUUUGGCCCAAAGCAAGGCAAUUGACAGAAAUUUGAAAGAGGAUGGUAUGCAAGCAGCGAAAGACAUCAAGUUGUUAUUGUUGGGUGCAGGGGAAUCUGGAAAAAGCACUAUUGUAAAGCAAAUGAAAAUAAUUCACGAUAGCGGGUUUACCCAAGAUGAUUUUAGGCAGUAUAAACCAGUAGUAUACAGUAACACUAUACAGUCCAUUGUUGCUAUACUUCGUGCCAUGCCGAACUUGGGGAUUCCUUUCGAAAAUGGUGCGAGACAGGCUGAUGCUAAAGUGGUACAUGAAAUUGUUUCACGAAUGGAAGAAACAGAAACCUUUUCUAAAGAGCUUACUAGUGCAAUGAAACGACUGUGGGCUGAUAAGGGGGUGCUCAGAUGCUACGGUAGAUCCAACGAAUAUCAGUUGAAUGACAGCGCCAAAUAUUUCUUAGAUGAUCUGGACCGUUUGGGACAGAAAGAUUACUUGCCCUCAGAGCAAGACAUUUUGCGCACACGUGUGAAGACCACUGGAAUAGUCGAGAUUCAUUUUUCCUUCAAGAAUCUCAAUUUCAAGCUUUUUGACGUUGGUGGGCAAAGGUCUGAAAGAAAGAAGUGGAUCCAUUGCUUCGAAGAUGUAACAGCAAUUAUAUUUUGCGCUGCCAUCAGUGAAUAUGAUCAAGUCUUGCAUGAAGAUGAAUCUACGAAUAGGAUGCAUGAGAGUUUGAAGCUGUUUGAUUCCAUCUGCAACAACAAGUGGUUUUCUGAAACAUCUAUCAUUCUCUUUCUAAAUAAAAAAGAUUUAUUCGAGGGGAAAAUAAAUAAAUCCCCUCUCACAAUCUGCUUUCCAGAGUAUACAGGUGCCCAAGAAUACGGAGAAGCAGCGCAGUAUAUCCAGGCCCAAUUCGAAUCGAAGAAUAAAUCCACUACAAAAGAAGUCUAUACUCACAUGACUUGUGCAACUGAUACCACUAACAUUCAAUUUGUAUUUGAUGCCGUAACUGAUCUCAUUAUUGCCAACAAUUUACGUAAUUGCGGUCUCUACUAA